CAAUAAUAAAAAAUAUGUUAGGCUUCACUAAUAUGAACUCCUCCAAUGUUAGCCAAACUCUUUGACAAUGUUUCUAUCACUUUUGUAGCUGUGAAAAGGUGCAGUUUGAGAGAGACUCUUCGGGAGCCAAGCACGAUACAGAAAACCUUGUUUCCUUGAAUAAAAAAUUGAUGCUUCAAAAGCCAGCUAGCAAGAACAGCGAGGUUAUAAUGAAAGAGUUAAUCACCAAGUAUUGUAUAUGAAUGGAAAAUGACUCUACUCAACAGGAGAAGGAAGGACUAUCUAAGUCUAAAAAUUAAGAAAGAUGUUCAGAAAAUAAACUAUGAAGAGUCGAAAGAUUAUAAACACCCCAAAGAGCAUGAUACUAAAUUACAUGAAGAAGAGAAAAUUCCUAUUAAACCUUCUAAUGAAGAUGCUCAUGAGUCGAGACCAAGAUUUAAGUCAAGGCCUAGAGCUCUUAGACAUGACUCAGAUUCUGAAGAGUUUACUCUUUAUAGGAAUCGGACGAAUUAUAACACUCGUAAAGAUGUGGUCUUUAAGGCAACUUUUAGAAGACUUAGAAAGUUCUUCAUAAAAGAUUUUGCAACCUCUGCUGGAAAUAAUUCUUGGGCAGAAGACUACCCUCAGAGACUCAGGGAGUAUUGCAGACAGAAAUUUCCUGAAGCUCAUCUUGACAGAGUCUGUACCAUCUUCGAUUGAGUAAUAAAUUUCAAAGGAAAGUUAGGGACGAUUCCUCAAGAAGACCCUCAACUCAAAGACGCCAUGAACAAGUUAUUGUAUUUCUACUCAGAAAAGAAAUUCAGACUAAUGAAUCCUCACCCAGAGUUCUUCCAUGUGCUGUUACACUUCAUUUCCCUGGAGAACGUGGCUAGCCUGGUCUUCAAUGAACAGAGACAAACAUUCAAACAGAAGGUGAGAGCUCAUCUCCAAAAGCUAAAAGUAUUCGCCACCCUGAUGAAGAACCCAGAGUAUUAAUAAU